AAUAUCCAAGAAUCCAAGAAGAAUAUACGAGACAACACUCCUCAGAUAUGGGUGAUCAUUAAUUUAAUGCCUAGAAAUGGGUGAUCAUUAGAUUAAUAAGCUAAAACCAACAUUAAUCCAAAUUCUUAGGUGUAUAUUUUUUGGGUAAAAAAGAAAGUAGGAAUGGCAGGCAUGGGGUUCGUCAAUGUCACUGUCACUGUCAGGCAUCCAGUCCUGCGGAGGUUGCAGAACGAGGGCGUUAAAAGAAAAGCAUCGCGGUAACAACUGACAAGGCUGGCCAAUUUCGUAAAUCCCUCAAACUUCAGGGGCUUACAGCUAAGUUUCUUUGCAGAAACAGCACAGCCAGUUGGUGAGGUGAUGAGGAUUGGGAUUUGAAAGUGAAGAGCAGAAAGCAAAAGUGAAAGCAAAAGAAGCAAUUUUUCAGUUUCUCGUACCUACACAUACAGAGAGAGAGAGAGAGGCGAACCUCCCCAGAAAGCAUUUUUUGAAUCUCGCUGUUCAUGUUUCUGUGGUACGUACAUUUCGUCAGUUUGCUUCUCUGCGUGUAUAUUCUUAGGUUAUCUAUACAAUUAUUCGUGCGUGUUUCACAUGGGGGAAGUACCGAAGAACUAGGAAUCAGAUCCGGGAUCUUUUUCCUCUUUCCUUCGUGUUCUCGGUUAUAUUCUCGGUUUUUCUUUGUGGGUUUAUAAAAAAAGCGGGCUUGUUCUUUCCAGAUUUGAAGCCGGGAUUAUGUGUUACUGAAGUUCGUUUACAUACAUCACAAGAAGAUUGACAAUGCCAAAUGCACUGUAAGAUUACUGCGUGAAAGAAAAUAGAAACUUCACUUCAGAUUGGAUCUGAGAAUUUAAUGGUUUGGCAAAGCCUUUGAGGUUAUCUGAGGUUUUGCUGGGAAUUGGAUGAAUGAUGGAAGACUGGUCCAAGUAUUCUCAUAGCCCAGUUCAUUUGGCAGUAUUAAAGCAAGAUCAUGCAGCUUUAAAGCAGAUUGUUUCAUCCUUGCCCAAGCUAGCCAAGGCUGGGGAGGUAAAAACCGAGCCCCAAUCUCUGGCUGCUGAGAAUGAUGCCGAUGCUAUUUCUGCAGUGAUAGACAGGCGAGAUGUCCCCAACCGCGAGACUCCAUUGCAUCUUGCGGUUAGGCUAAAGGAUCCCACCUCGGCCGAGAUAUUAAUGGCUGCUGGUGCAGACUGGAGUCUUCAGAAUGAGCAGGGAUGGAGUGCCCUUCAAGAGGCAGUCUGUACUCGGGAGGAGAACAUUGCUAUGAUCAUUGCACGCCAUUACCAACCUCUAGCUUGGGCGAAAUGGUGUCGUAGGCUCCCAAGAAUUAUUGCUUCCACAGCCCGGAUUCGAGACUUUUACAUGGAGAUAUCCUUUCACUUUGAGAGCUCGGUAAUACCCUUCAUUGGCAGGAUUGCGCCCUCGGAUACAUACCGGAUUUGGAAACGGGGAUCCAAUCUCCGUGCGGACAUGACCCUUGCUGGAUUUGACGGGUUCCGGAUUCAACGGUCGGAUCAAACAUUUCUUUUCCUGGGAGAAGGCAAUGCAUCUCUUGCUCCGGGAUCAUUGAUUGUUCUUGCUCACAAGGAGAAAGAAAUAACCAAUGCUCUCGAAGGAGCAGGUAUUCAACCAACGGAAUCUGAAGUUGCCCGUGAAGUGGCUUUGAUGUCCCAAACAAACAUGUAUAGACCCGGUAUAGAUGUCACACAGGCUCAACUUAUACCCCACUUGAAUUGGAGACGCCAGGAGCGCGCUGAGAUGGUGGGCGCUUGGAAAGCUAAAGUGUAUGACAUGCUUCAAGUGAUGGUAAGUGUGAAGUCAAGGCGGGUCCCUGGUGCAAUGACGGAUGAGGAACUGUUCUCAACGAAUGAAGAGGACAAUAUCGGAAACAGUGAGUAUGAUGAUGAUGUGUUAACUGCCGAGGAAAGGGUUCAGUUAGAUUCAGCACUUCGUGGCAAUCCAGAUGAAGAGGAUGAGGAGGAGCGUGGCGAUGAUGCUUCGUAUGGGAGCAGUGAAUUGAAUAGCAAAGAAAAGAAAAGUUGGUUUGGUUGGAAUAAGAGAUGUUCAAAAUUGUCCUCUGAGGACGGAAAGCAAACACCAAGUGGUAGUCGCAGAUCGUCCUCAGAAUUUAGUAAGGAUGAUACAGGGGAGGGAAGAAAGGGAAAAGAUAAAAGCAGCAAGGAGAAGAAGAAGAAGAAAAAGAAAUCUGGUGAGGUAAAAAAUGAGAGUGAAUAUAAAAAGGGGUUAAGGCCUGUUUUAUGGUUGACACCUGAUUUCCCAUUGAAAACGGAGGAACUUUUGCCAUUGCUUGAUAUAUUAGCAAACAAGGUUAAAGCGGUCAGAAGGCUUAGAGAACUAUUAACUACUAAGCUGCCUCCUGGCACAUUUCCUGUCAAGAUCGCAAUCCCAAUUGUACCCACCAUUAGAGUUCUCGUCACAUUCACAAAGUUUGAGGAGCUUCAGCCGGUUGAAGAGUUUUCAACCCCGGUGUCAAGCCCCACACACUUCCAAGACGCCAAAUCAGAAAGUUCGAACUCCUCAUGGAUUUCGUGGAUGAGAGGAAGCCAUGGUGGUGCAGAAAGUGAAAGUCGAAGAAGCUUUCGAGAAGACUUUGACCCUUUUCAUAUACCGCCAGAUUAUUCCUGGGUUGAUGCAAAUGAGAAGAAACGCCGAAUGAGAGCUAAGAAAGCAAAGAUCAAGAAGCAGCAUAAAAAGCACACUGCUGCCACUGAAGAAUAGUACGUUUUACUCUUUUCUUGCAUGUCUGAGCCUUAUCAUUUUGUAUGAUGGCUAUUGGUUACUAUCCACAAUUCCACAUAGUAGUGACAGGAUCCCAUUCUUGUUAUUACUUUAGAUAGAUAGAAGGGUAACCUUUCAUUUUCUGCUUUCUUUUGUAUUGUGUGUGAUUGAAUGUGAAUGAGAGAGAACAAGAGAUCCCACCUUCCAUAGUUUCUUAGGCCAGUUUCUAAUGAAUCCAUGCCACCUUCCCAUUCCUAACGGGUUUUUCCGAGCUUGUAAACCAGUGUGAGUGGUGAGUUUUGAAGCUUUAAAGUGUUGUGUUAUCACUACCAUUGAGUUUUAAGUGCAAGUGUAUAACUACAGUACUAAUUGUUGGCACAACCAACUAGAGUUGGAGUUGACCUAUUUAUAUGAAGUUUCAAUUCUUA